GUUAGCCGUGUUUUUGAAUAGUUGUGUAGUGAAAUGAAUAGUUGUGUAGUAUGAAUUUUCCAGAAUUUACUUUAUAUAAUUGUGGAAAGUUGUGUUGGUGCUUCGUAUAUUAUCAAUAUUCAAAACUGCAAAAAUUGUGGUGUUAUAAUCGAAUAAUAAAUGAGUAACUCAUUGAGUUGUGAAUAUUUUCAGAGAAAGUGUCAAUCGCUUUCUGGCAUGUUUUUUUUCAGUAAACUGUUCACAUUAUGGUGUCUGGUCAAUCUGAGACAAUAUGAACAUGAACAACAAUUAGCUGAUGCAGAAAAAAUUGGAAAAGUCCAGAUAACCAAUCAAAGUAUGAAUAGUAUAACCAUAUCAUGGGAGCAGCCUGAGGAUCCAAAUGGUCAAAUAUCCAUGUAUUCUGUAGAAUACCAAAAUAUCGAUAUCGAAAAUUCGAGGCCAUAUUCUGAAUGUGUCAAUGCGAAGGGCAAGAAUAAAACAGUGGUAUAUACAAUUUCAACACUUUUUGCUGGCAACUAUAGAUGA